AGGGCUAUGUUUUCAUGUGUGAAUCGGAGAUCAUUGUUUGCAAUCCGACUAUGUUCCACUUCCUUGAAGCCGUACACUAAAGAUCAGGUGAAGCUAAAGCAAACUCUGAAGGCUCGUCCACGACCAGUGAGGAACGGUCUCACCUGUCUCCCGGUAACAGUGGCAAAGUAUUUGGCUUUAAAUUAUGAAGGUCAACUUGGAACCGAUCACUGUAGGGAUGUAAGCUAUCCAGCGACACACCCUGCUGACAAUGACUUUCGGGAAACACCACCUGCUUUCCCCCAAUUCAGUUCAACUCCAGCUGCCCUUAUGCGUGCUUACAAUGACUCAGAUCAGACGAUGCCUCCAUUAGCCUCAACCUGUAGUGGAUGUGGUUCAACUCUACACUGUAAGACCGCUGGAGAACCCGGGUUCAUACCAUCCGCCGCCUACAAACGGUUACAUGUGAUAGAAAACCGCAAGUCGUCACGUAGGGGUUACGCCAGAAGUCCAUCGUCCGUUAUCUGUGUUAGGUGUACCGUUUUGCAGAACCACCUUCACGCGUUACAGGUGAGUUGGCACAUUGUUAGCUUUAGUAGAAAGACUUCUUUUAGCGCAUCUACAUAUGAAGGACCAGUUCUGUCGCACUUAAGAAAAGAUCCUGACGCGGCGAUACUUCUUGUCGCAGAUAUGCUGAAUUUACCCCAUAGCCUUAUUCCGGGUCUCGGCCAGGAGCUAGGCAAACGUCGGUACGUAUUUGUAUUGUUCUGUAACCAUACGUCUAGCUACAUAUUAGUGGGAAACAAAGUUGACGAACUACCCAUUGAUCAGAAAAAUUACCUGGAGCGAUGGAAGCAAGCUCUCAUACAUGCUGCACAUGAACGAUCCCACAUAGAAGAAGACAGCAUUGUGCAUGUAUCCCUGACAAGCGCACUAACUGGAUACGGAAUCAACCAGCUGAUCGAUUUCCUCCUCUCUCGAAAGUUCAACUGUGCCGCUCCAAUCUACAUUCUUGGAAGUACGAACGUGGGGAAGUCAAGCAUUUUCAAUCGGCUCUUGCUUUCGGAUGUUUGCAAGUCGGAAGCAAGAGAGACAAUUCAUCGUGCAACGAUUUCAGACUGGCCAGGCACAACUGCCGGUCUCCUCAAGUUUCCCCUGGUGUUAAUGAACUCUGCCAAAAGGGGGUUGCGUGAAGAGGCCAAGUAUAAUACGCGUCAUCUAACUCCCGAUACCAAAGAGAGCGAAUACGUUGCCUCGUGCGGAUUCCGUUACCUGAAAGCACAACCUAUUGUUACGUCAGACCAACGAAGUUACACGCCCCUAGCCGACGCUGCCGAAAAGGCGCGAAGUGCGUCACCAAAUCUCCUCAGUAUACCCACCUACACUAGAUCCUGUGGAGUAAUGGAGGCCAGUGAGGUUGAUUUUACUCGAUUACAGCAAAUCUACUUACCCAAGGGCAUCCAAAUUGAUACGGGCUCAUGGGCCGGGGAUCGGGGAUACCGUCUACUUACCACCUUCCUAGACCCCAGACACUUUAAUGAUCGCGCCUGGUGCUUUGACACCCCAGGUUUCAUUUGUCCUGACCAGACGCUCAAUUACCUUUCCAACAAGGAUCUUCAGGCAGUUAGCGAACUAAAUUCGAACAGUGCUCACAGUAAACGCAAAGCAAAAAAUGAAGCGGACGGUUCUCAAAGAGCACUAAUUGUUCCCCGAACAUUCAUUAUGCGUCCGGGGUUAGCCCUUCUCUUGGGUAAUCUGGGACGUCUGGACCUGCUUCAGUCCCCGGGACCCGUCUACUUCACCACGUUCAGCACACUUCCAGUGCAUAUUGUCGAACAGACAGAAUUUGAACAAUAUGUGACUGAACACGCCGCUUCUUUAGGCCCUGGUCAUGAAGUAAGCGAUGGAGGACCUUGUGGUCACCUGCCUCCGCUCAAGAGUCGUGUACUGGAUCCAGUGAGCCCCCAAAUUUCUGCCAAGAUGAGCAGCGUUGACGUGGUUUUAUCCGGUGCCGGUUGGAUUAGUGUCGUUGGAAUAUCAACCCGAAAUGGCUCAACAUCAGAUGAGGAGGAGUUAGAAGCUGUAGAAUCGCACUCAUCUUCUGGCCAAAUUCACCUAUGUGCGUGGACACCUGGAGGACUCGGGAUCUCGGUUCGGAAGCCGCCAUUGGUCCCUAAUGCAGUGAAUAGGCGUGGAAAGCGCCUACUGUUUAUGCGUGAAUUCGGAGGCGACGCAUCCUAGACCUCAGUGAUCCAUACCACUCAAGUGUACAUUAUCC